AUGGCUGAAAUGUAGAACAAAGAUGAAAGUGGGGACAUGCAUGAAUCAGAUUAGUAUUAGAAUGAUAGAAACAAAUCUGGAAUUACUUAAACAAGAUCUAUGAUACUAUUGGAUGAGAACAAGGCCAAAUUGAUAGAAUAACAGCCAUUGCAAUCAUAACCUUAGAAUUAGACAAUAAUCAAUAGAUUAUUUUUUGGAAAAACCAAAGAGUAUAUCACACAUCCCAAUCAGAGAAAUCAGAGUGAAGAACAGGAGUAAAUAUUCUUGUAGAUUAUAUUGAAUGUGAAGAACAAGAGUUUAUAUUAAGCUUGGGAAGCAAACAAUUCCUUUUCAAUAGAAGGAUAUCGUAAUGGAAGUGAAGUGAUUGAGUUGGCUGAGAAAGCUAUUUGGAUUACUUAGAUUCCUGAUUCCUUGUUAUUCCAAAUAUAAAGAGUGGGGUAUGACCCAGAGAGAGGAUUGAUCAAAUUGAAUGAUGAAUUUCGAUUUGAGAAGGAGAUCUAUGCAGAUAGAUUCCUCUUGGAGAACAGAUAGAAGGUUAUCGAAACACAAUAGCAAUUAAUUGAACUCAAAAUUAAAUAAGCUGAAUUAUUGUUUCAGAUGGAUAAAUACCAAAAUUAUAAUGGCAUUUCAAUGUUAACUGUCUUGAGCACAGCUACUAAGUAUGUGAAAGAGGCGAAACCAGAUGAUGAAAUUAUGCAAUAGAGGAUUGAGUAAUGUAGAUUAAGUAUUCAACUGAUUUUAUAGAAACAUCAGUUUGAAUUGGAUGAAAUUAAUUAGAAGAUUGAAGACUUGUAUGCUAUAAUGAAAAAAUACAAGUAUUUUCUGUAAAGCAUUUUAAUUCAUGAAGGGGCAGCAGAGUCUGGUCAUUAUUAUACUUAUAUUUACAAUCCAUCGUUGAAACAUUGGUUUAAAUUCAAUGAUAUCAAUGUCACUUAGGUGAGUGAGGAGAAAGUGUUGCGUGAUGCUUAUGGAGAUGGCAAAUCAAAAACUAAUGCAUACUGUUUAAUCUAUUAACGUGCUGAUCAUUUUGAACCUCAAUCUUAUUCAGAUUACACGAACAAUUCUGUUUAUGCUCAGUACAUUCAAUAGAAUCUCUAUGAAGAAGUCAAAAAUGAUAACAAAAAGUUUUCAAUCGAACAAUAAGAACAUGAACUUGUAGAGUUGGGAGAUUUGGUAGUUGAGAUUUAUAAUGUAUAAUUCCAAUAAGUAAAUGAAAUGGCUAGGAAAUUCAAAUAUAGAAAUGGUAAUCCACUCAACAAUUUUCCAACCUAUUUGCGCACUCUGUUAGAUCAGAUGAAUGAUCUAGUGAAGUGGAGCAUCUUGGAUUAUGCCAUCAGAGAAGCAUCUCAAGGCAAAAGAAAUUUGAGAGAUUACCAAGAAUAAAUGAUCUUUCAAUAAAGAAUCAAAUACAAUUUUGAAUAAUUGAGUCAAUUCAAAGUGCCAUCAAAGUAUGAAGUUGACAAGCAGACCAUUAAACAUCUUCAGUAUUACUAUCUGUAAUAUAUAUCAUCACUCAGAAUCACUGCAAUACAAUAGUUUCAGCAUAUUUGA